UAAAAAAAUUUUAGAAACGAUUUUUUUAAUCAAAAAUUAGGAAACAUAUAUAUUUAGCUUAACGUUAAAUAUAUGAUUCGUAAGAUGAGCAAUGAAUUUAUAUAGGCUCAAUGUGUAUAACGUGGUAAUUUAAAAUCUGAUUAAUUUAUAGACUAAUUCAUAGACUAGUAAUAAAAUAAAAUAAUGUAUAAAUACACAAUAAUACAUAAUAAAAUGUUAGCUACAUUUGUUUUUUCGAAGAGUAUCAAAACUCAAAUUACAUUGCCACUUCAAUGGUUAAAUAUUACAUUUAAUACAUUAAGAACUAAUUCAUCAUUUUCAUCUGACUCUUCUGAUUCUGAUUCUGAUUCCGAUUCUACAACUUCUAAUAUUAGUAAUAAAAAAUUUAGUAUAGAUUAUUUACAAAGUGCAAAGACAGUACGAAAAAAAAGACAAAUAGAAAAUGCAUUAACCCAAGCAGCUAAAGCUUUAACUACAACAUCUGUCCAAGAUAAAGAAAAAAUUCUUUCAGUUUUAUUAAAUACUAUUGAUAAAAUUCAGACUGUAGACAAAACAUUAAAUGAGAGUAAUAUAGAUAAACAUGAAGUUAGAAAGGAAGAUGAAUCUUUGUGGCAUCAAAAUAACAUUGAAACUAUUAACAAUUUUAAAACAAAACUUCAUCAUAAUGUAUCACAGUUUAAAGAGAUGAAGUUUAAUAGAGAAGAGCUUGAAAAAAUAUAUAAAACAGGAAAAGAACCAUCUAUAAUUCAUGAAUUAAAGAGUCAACAAAAAGGAACAAGGGAUAUCAAUGAUAAGUCUGAAAGAGAACCAUCUAUAGUUCAUAAAUUAAAGAGUCAGCAAAAAGGAAUAAGGGAUAUCAGUAGUAAGUUUGAAAGAGAACCAUCUGUAAUUCAUGAGUUAAAGAGUAAGCGAAAAGAAAUAAAGGAUAUCACUGAUAAAUUUGAAAGAGAACCAUCUAUAAUUCAUGAGUUAAAGAAUCAGCAAAAAGAAAUAAAGAAUAUCAGUGGUAAAUUUGAGAGAGAACCAUCUGUAAUUCAUGAGUUAAAGAAUCAGCAAAAAGGAAUAAAGGAUAUCAGUGGUAAAUUUGAAAGAGAACCAUCUGUAAUUCAUGAGUUAAAGAGUCGGCGAAAAGAAAUAAAGGAUAUCAAUGAUAAAUUUGAAAGAGAACCAUCUAUAAUUCAUGAGUUAAAGAAUCAGCAAAAAGGAAUAAAGGAUAUCAGUGGUAAACUUGAAAGAGAACCAUCUGUAAUUCAUGAGUUAAAGAAUCAGCAAAAAGGAAUAAAGGAUAUCAGUGGUAAACUUGAAAGAAAACCAUCUGUAAUUCAUGAGUUAAAGAGUCAGCAAAAAGGAAUAAAGGAUAUUAGUGAUGGAAUACAAAUGAAUGAGAGACUCUUCGAUGAUUUUUCGGAAAAUCCCGAUGUCCCUAAAUUUAAGAUGUGGGAAUCCUGGGAAAGGGAGGAACUCGAAUUUUCAUUAUCUAAAUUCCCUACAAAUGGAAUUCAACAAAUGAUUCAAUGGACUAAAGAAGGAAAAUUAUGGAAAUUUCCUAUAGAUAAUGAACAAGGAAUGGAAAAGGAAAAAAAUGUGCAUUUCUCAAAACAUGUGUUUUUAGAACGUCAUUUGACGCCAUGGUGUCCUAAAGGUCCAAUACGGCAUUUUAUGGAAUUAGUGUGUAUUGGACUUUCAAAAAACCCAUAUCUGACAAUUGAAGAAAAAUAUGAUCAUAUAAUGUGGUACAAAGAUUACUUUCAAAAUAAACAUGACUUAUUAGAUAAAUUAGGUCUUCUAGAAUAGAUCAAGAAAUUAAAUAUAACUCUUUUUAAUAAAUAAAGAUGAAAUAAAACAAUAUACAUAUA